GCUCUCUCUCGUGCUCUCGCUCUCUCUUUCGUGCUCUCUCUCUCUCUCUCUCUGUCACACUCUCUCUCUCUGUCACACUCCCUCUAUCUCUCUCUCUCUCUCUCUCUCUGUCACACUCCCUCUCUCUCUCUGUCCCCCCCCCCCUCUCUCUCUGUCCCCCCCCCUCUCUCUCUCUCUCACGCCCUCUCUCGUUUUAGACAGGGCAUCAUGUAGCAGCGCAGCAGGAAAGGAGGCUGUUCCGCAGUGCCCCUGCUUCUCUCUUUGUUGUUUUUGUUUGUCUGUUUUUUAUCCCCCCGCCCCGCCCCACCCCAUCCGUGUUGUAAUGACCCACCACCACUGCCAGCCUCAGGAGAGAUGCCUGUACUUGAGAUGGCAGUGAGCCCUGUCAAGUCCCUGUACUGGGAGGUGUUCCCCCCCAUGUCCUCAUGCAGGGUCUACUGCACCCCUGUGUUCCACGGUGGCCUGCUCUAUGUUCUGGGAGGAUGCAGUGAAACAGGCCUGCCUUUAGAUACUGCUGAGGUGCUGGACAUAGAGAGACAGACAUGGACCCAGCUUCCUCCGCUCCCUACAGCCCGGGCGGGGGCGUCGGCGGUGGCCCUGGGGGGUCAGGUGAUGGUGAUGGGGGGCAUGGACCUCCAGCAGAGCCCCCUGUCCUCCGUGGAGGUCUACAACCCUGACGAGGGCAAGUGGGAGAGGAGGGCCAGCCUGGGACAGCCCUCCAUGGGCAUCACCUCUAUAGAGAAAGAUGGGAAGGUCUAUGCGCUGGGAGGGAUGGCAGCUGACACUACGCCCCAGGCGCUAGUGAGGGUCUACGAGCCGGAGAAGGACCAAUGGCAGGCCUUGACCUCCAUGCCCACACCUCGCUACGGAGCCACCUCCUUCCUGAGAGGCAACAAGAUUUACGUGCUGGGUGGGCGUCAGGGAAAGCUUCCUGUCACAGCCUUCGAGGCCUUUGACCUGGAAAUGAAGAGUUGGACGCAUUACCCCUGUAUCCCCAGCCGCCGAGCCUUCGCCUGCUGUGCUGCCACCGAGCGGGGCUUCUUCAGUCUAGGAGGGCUCCAGCAGCCCUGCCCCCAUAACUUCUACUCCAGACCUCACUUUGUCAGCACGGUGGAGGAGUACGACCCAGAACAGGGUAUCUGGAUCAAACCAACCCGAGCAUCCAGGAUGAGGGAUAAGAGAGCGGAUUUCUCAGCCGGAUGUCUGGGAGGAAGGGUCAUCGUUGCGGGGGGACUAGGAAACCAGCCGUCACCCCUGUCGUCAGUGGAGAGCUACAACCUUGUGAAGAGACGUUGGGAGUAUGCUGCCCCGAUGCCCAGCCCCCGCUGCUGCUGUGCCCCCCUGCAGACCCCCAACAUGCUGUUCCUCAUCGGGGGUGUGGCCCAGGGGCCCAGCAACGCCGUGGAGGCCCUCUGUCUCAGAGAGACUGUGUGACACACACACAUGCACAGAGACACACACUAACACGGCUACUACACACACUCACAAAAAAAUACACAGGAAAUGACUGUGGCGUUAUUUGUGCAUACACCAGUACAAACACAUUAUUUGUGCACAGGUGAGGGACACACACACUCAUACAGACUCGUAUUUGACCUGGACACCUUGACCUGGACACCUGUCACAAAGGAGUUGUUGAACAAAUAAUAACAACAACAAAAAGCACCACACACAAUACUAAUUUGAACAUGACAGCAUUUUCAGGAUAAAAGCAGGGUACUUUUCUGGAAAUUAAAGGAAUUUAGGGCCAUAUCUAUUUCACCACAGCAUAUCUAUUUCACCACAGCAUAUCUGUUUCACCACAGCAUAUCUGUUUCACCACAGCAUAUCUAUUUCACCACAGCAUAUCUAUUUCACCACAGCAUAUCUAUUUCACCACAGCAUAUCUGUUUCACCACAGCAUAUCUGUUUCACCACAGCAUAUCUAUUUCACCACAGCAUAUCUAUUUCACCACAGCAUAUCUGUUUCACCACAGCAUAUCUAUUUCACCACAGCAUAUCUGUUUCACCACAGCAUAUCUGUUUCACCACAGCAUAUCUAUUUCACCACAGCAUAUCUAUUUCACCACAGCAUAUCUAUUUCACCACAGCAUAUCUGUUUCACCACAGCAUAUCUAUUUCACCACAGCAUAUCUGUUUCACCACAGCAUAUCUGUUUCACCACAGCAUAUCUAUUUCACCACAGCAGUGUCCAGUUGCAGUGGCUUGUUUACACAUUUUCAUUUAAUCACCUUAAAAAAGUUGAGAGUUUAGGAUACAACUUUGGAGAAUGUGAGUGUGUGUGUUUUGGUCCCUGUUGUUAACGUUAACGUCAAUGUUAUUAAAAUCCCAGACUCCUGAAUACCACCUCUAGAAUUUGCCGGCCAAUACCUGCACUGUGGCACCAGAGACUCAGAGUCGAGCUCUUUGACACAAAGCCACAUUUCCCUGAAGCUUAAAAAAAAAAUCAAAAAAUACAUCAUAUUUUACAUCAGAGUUUAGCAAUGGAACUUCAGAGAAUGAAACCAUGUAAGAGUUGUUUUUUAAAUGGGGAAAAGCAAUAGCUCUUAACAGGAAGUCCUCCUGUACAUAUACCAUGCUUAUUCAACCUUUGACCUUUCAAGGAACUAAUAGGAAAUAGAGGGAACACCCAGGAGGGCAGUGGGAGGGGUUUUAGAGAUAGUAUUAGUGGACAGAGGGUGACGGUCACAUUAGAUUGACCUCAUAAUACUGUAUAUUUUUAGUAUGUAUUUUAUGAGGGUUUUCUUUCCUUGCUUCACCUCUGUUGAACCCCACAUUCAUUGGAUCAUGAGCUGGCUUUGACUCUGUCUGAUUACAGCAUCUCCUGAUUCAUGACUGAUUAUCUUCAUCAACGUCUCCUGCUGGGUAGCUCUUCCAUGUGCUAAAUUACAGGUUGGUUAGGAGGGAUGCAGGAGGCAGGUUAGGAGGGAUGCAGGGGGCAGGUUAGGAGGAAUGCAGGGGGCAGGUUAGGAGGGCUGCAGAGGGCUGGUUAGGAGGGCUGCAGAGGGCAGGUUCGGAAGACUGCAGGAGGCAGGUUAGGAGGGAUGCAGAGGGCAGGUUAGGAGGGAUGCAGGAGGCAGGUUAGGAGGAAUGCAGGGGGCAGGUUAGGAGGGCUGCAGAGGGCAGGUUCGGAAGACUGCAGGAGGCAGGUUAGGAGGGAUGCAGGGGGCAGGUUAGGAGGGAUGCAGAGGGCAGGUUAGGAGGGAUGCAGGAGGCCGGUUAGGAGGGAUGCAGGGGGCGGGUUAGGAGGGAUGCAGAGGGCAGGUUAGGAGGGAUGCAGGGGGCGGGUUAGGAGGGAUGCAGAGGGCAGGUUAGGAGGGAUGCAGGAGGCAGGUUAGGAGGGAUGCAGGGGGCGGGUUAGGAGGGAUGCAGAGGGCAGGUUAGGAGGAAUGCAGGGGGCAGGUUAGGAGGAAUGCAGGGGGCAGGUUCGGAAGACUGCAGGAGGCAGGUUAGGAGGGAUGCAGGGGGCAGGUUAGGAGGGCUGCAGAGGGCAGGUUCGGAAGACUGCAGGAGGCAGGUUAGGAGGGAUGCAGGGGGCAGGUUAGGAGGGAUGCAGGGGGCAGGUUAGGAGGGAUGCAGGGGGCAGGUUAGGAGGGAUGCAGAGGGCAGGUUAGGAGGGAUGCAGGGGCAGGUUAGGAGGGAUGCAGGAGGCCGGUUAGGAGGGAUGCAGGGGGCCGGUUAGGAGGAAUGCAGGGGGCAGGUUAGGAGGGCUGCAUGGGGCAGGUUAAGAGGAAUGCAGGGGGCAGGUUCGGAAGACUGCAGGAGGCAGGUUAGGAGGGAUGCAGGGGGCAGGUUAGGAGGGAUGCAGGGGGCAGGUUAGGAGGGAUGCAGGGGGCAGGUUAG